CAAAUACUGCCCGGAUGUGACAACUUUAGCUUCACUCUGACACGAUCCAAAUAACUUGUUUAUGGUGAUUAAAAGUAAACACGGGGGAAGAAUGAGAAAAUGAUGACAUAAUGGACAGUGGGAAGCAAAGUCGUCCUUCAUGCCAACACAGAAUAAGUGAAUCAUCAAAGGUGUAUCGAUGGGCAGACCAGGCUAACUACCUCCUUCAAGGUUUGAAUGAGCAAAGGCAGCAUGGCCAACUCUGUGACGUUGUUUUGGUGGCCGACAACCAACGGCUUCCUGCACAUCGGGCUUUGCUUGCGGUGUCAAGCCCCUACUUCCAGGCUAUGUUCACCCUGGGAAUGCGAGAGAAACAUGAAGCCGAGGUAGAGCUGGUGGGCGUCUCGUACGUUGGCGUGAAAGCAGUAGUAGAUUUUCUGUAUAGCAGUGAGCUACCUCUUGAUGGUGGAAACAUUGACUACGUCUUGGAAACUGCCCACAUGCUGCAGGUGUGGCAAGCUGUGGACUUCUGUUGCCAGUACAUGGAAAAAGAAGUACGCGAAGACAAUUACCUGUACCUGCAGGAGCUCGCUGUCCUCUAUAGUCUGGAUAGACUAGACACUUUCUUAGACUGCUUCAUAUUAGAUAAUUUCGCAACGCUCUCCGUCACACCUGACUUCCUGCAGGACGUGCGGUUGCCCAAGCUUUGUGCCUACCUGGCAAAUGAGCGGGUGCAGCAUGAAAACGAGCAGGCUCUUUUAAGUGUUGCUUUGCAGUGGCUAAGCCAAAGCCCUGAACGUCUGGCGUUCACCGAACAGCUCCUCUCCAACAUUCGUUUUUCCCUCAUCCCACCCGAAGAACUCAUAGGCAGCGUACUGCCAGCCGUAGGAUCCCUGCUGCAUUCGGACAGAUGCUGCGACGCUUUAGUAGAGGAGGCGCUGGGCUACCACGCGCGACUCAGCGCCCAACCUGUGCUGCAGACGGCACGCACGGGCCUCAGAGGAGGAGUGGAGCGUCUUCUGUUAGUGGGCGGGGAGGUGUCUGAACGUGGAGAGGAACUGAGUUCCGAGGUGUGUUGGCUGGAUGAAGAAGCAGGAAAGUGGGUUGUUGAGACCGAGCUGCCGGCCCAGCGGAGUCACCACUGCGUUACAGUUCUGGGGGGAUUCAUCUUCACCGCAGGGGGGAGCUCCUCACGAGACAAUGGAGGAGAUUCUGCUAGUAACUUGCUUUAUCGAUAUGACCCCCGAAGCAACCUGUGGGUUAAGGGGGCGCCUAUGAACCAGCGACGUGUGGAUUUCUUUUUGGGAACCAUGGGCGACUGUCUUAUAGCUGUUGGAGGACGCAAUGAGAAUGGUGCAGUGUCUUCUGUAGAGAUGUACCAUCCGGCGGAGGACUACUGGACCUAUGUAUCAGGAUUGCCCAGAUUCACAUAUGGCCACGCCGGGACCAUUCACAAGGGUGUAGUUUACAUCUCAGGCGGCCACGAUUACCAGAUCGGCCCGUACAGACGUGACAUGCUGAGUUACGAUCCUAAAAUCGGGGACACGUGGACUGAGAGACAGGCGAUGGUCUUGGCACGGGGUUGGCACUGCAUGGCAUCUCUGGAGGACAAGAUCUAUGUCAUCGGGGGCAGUGAUGACCACGAGGACAGGAUGGAGCGUUUUGACGUUUUGGGGGUGGAAGCUUUCGACCCACAGACUGAUCAGUGGACCAAAAUCGCCCCUAUCCUGUACCCUAACAGUGAGGCAGGCGUAGCGGUCUUAGAUGGGAAGAUCUAUGUACUGGGAGGGUACACCUGGGAGGCCAUGGACUUUUCUGAGGGAACUCAAGUUUAUGUUCCAGACAAGGGCCAGUGGGUGUUGGGUCCGAACCUGCCGAAACACAUUGCUGGAGCUUCGGCGUGCGUGUGCCUUGUGAGAUCACAGCAGACCAACAGCAUUGAAGAGAAGACAUCAGGACACAAAGAAAGAGACAAACAGAAUUCCAGCCAAGUUCAAGGAAGGUGAUUUGAUUUUCGUCUUGUUUUCAACAUGAUUGAAGGCCCUGAAGAUUCAAAACAGUUUAUUCAAACUGUUUUGUGCGCCGCAUGAAUUGUUCUAGACAGGUAUUGAAUCCGUUGGCAUAAUCUUGAUGCUAUUGGCUGCUUCUGUUUCAAAAAGUGGACAUCUAUUGUUGUGAUAGGUCAACUAAAUGACAGUACUAACCUUGUAUUUUAGUUGCAUUUUGUUACCUUUCAGGAGUUCCUCCUUUACUAAAAUAAAACAUCCGGAGGUGACCGUUUUACUGUA